CGCCUACAAAGUAAAAUUUCUAGUUAUCAGAAAUCCAUAAAAUUACGAACAAUAAAGGAGCAUAUCGUUCAGUUACACGUGUCCAUUGACAGCUUGGCAUGCGAUUAGCUGAUCGGAGUCAAUCGGAGUCUUCACCUACGUAUCGCACGUAUGUAUGUCGCCGUACAGUCAGGAAAUAACAUAAAAGCGAAGUAACUCGCAUUGUCAAUGGAUCCUAACAGUUAUGCGGUGGAAUUAACGCGUCAAGACAUCGUUAAAUAUCAGUUUCAAGUGAACGCUUUAAUACAGGACAUACAGCAAUGCAGUGGGCCGCUGGAGAUGCUGGACGAGCUCAACGCGGAGGGCAGAGCCAAGAUAGCGGUUUUGAAAUCUUCCAUAGAACACCUGAAAUCCAUCGCCGAAACCGAGACGAAUGGAAAGAAAAGGGCCGAGCUGCUGUCCGCCGUGGACAGUUACAAGGAGCAGUUGAACACUUCGUUGGCGGCCUUCCGCAAGGCCAACGUCGUCAGCGCGUGUGUCAUCGACAAACUGGCGAGGGAGAAUCUGUUCUCCAUGCCGGAGGAGCGGCAAAACGCUCUUCGUAGACGGCACGACAAGCAGAGCUUGACGAACGCGUCCAGCCAAGUGACGGACAAGCUUCUCAGUAUCUCCAGGCAUCUGGCCGAAACGACUCAAAGAAGCGCCGACACGCUGGACAGUCUGUUGACAUCUUCGGACAAGGUCGGCGGCACCAAGGACGAGUUGGAGCAUCAACAACAAGCUAUAGCGCACUCAGAGAAGCUGUUAGGCAAAUACGGUAGACGGGAGGUCACCGAUAAAGCGCUGCUCGCAUUGGCAUUUGCCUUUUUCCUCGCCUGCGUAUUUUACAUUCUACAAAAAAGAUUGUUCUGAGCAUGCAUAAAGUAUUUAAGAUGAUAUCAAACUAUUUGCGUAACGUAAAUGCAAAAUCUUGUAUUAUAAGGAAACUGGGGAAAAUAAUGUGAUAUAUAUUAUAUGUACUCUUCAUAAGAUUGAAAGAGGAAAAAGGGUGAACUUUUAUAAAU